GUAUAUACCAUGUCCGAGCAGCAGUCGUCUCUAAUUUUGGGUUUAUUCAGUCGUCAACAGGUCAUCACGGCUGCGAGUGUGGCUGCUGCCGCUUUCGUUGGAUAUUGUUUAUACUUCGAUCACAAACGUCGAUCUGCACCAGAUUAUAAGCAAAAAAUCCGUGAAAAUCGUCGUGCGGCAGCAAAUGCACGAAGCUCUGGUGCAGCAGGUGGUGGAAGGCAACUGCCGAAUAUGAGUAAUCCAACUGAGGUGCAGGCAUUCUUCCUUCAAGAAGUACAGCUCGGUGAGGAAAUGAUUGCUGAAGGUGCUACGUGGAAGGUGACAGUGGUGGCUGAGCGUUUGUCUCGUAUGUUUGGCUCUUCAAGAGGAGAUCCGGAUGCAUCUGCUGAACCUGAAGGCAUGGCUGCACAUAGUGGUGGUUUGGGAGGUUUGAUCGAUAAUGAUGAUCUGGAGUAG